CCUAACGAUUUUCUUUGAAUCUCGUUCUCCAAAUGCAAAACUGUCAUGAAUUCGGAAGCUCUUUGGAGCUCUCCAAUUCAACAGCCAAAAUCACCAACAUUCGCUUCUGACGUCGGAGAUGAAAACCAAAAGUCUGACGAAACGAACUCCUGGUAAUCCUUCUUUCCUUUCUCUCUUCGGAAUUUUCACAACCCGUUUUCGUUCUUACGCUUCUAGAGUAUAUAGCGGUGAAAAUUCUGUUGCCCAUUUGGAGAAAUUGAUCCAAACACGGUGUAAAUCUAGAAACCUAACAGUAGAAGAAGCUCUGGGUUACUUCAAUUCCAUGAUUCAAAUGCGACCCAUGCCUUCUAUUUGGGCUCUAAAUCAAUUGCUUGGCUCACUUUCCAACAUGAAACGUUGUUCAACUGUUGUUUAUGUGUAUAGAGAGAUAAUGGGUUGUGAUCAUUUUAGCCCUGAGGUCGGUACUUUGAGUAUUGUUAUCAAAUGUCUGUGUUGUUUGGACAAAGUAAACUUGGGUUUCUGUGUUUUCGCAACUAUGAUUAAAACCGGCCUUAAGCCGGAUGCUCGUACAAUGAGUACUCUGCUUCACGGGCUUUGCAAGGAAGGCUCGAUGGUCGUGGCGAUGGAUUUGUUUAAUCGAAUAGUAGAGGAGGAACACUUGUGUAAUGAAAUCACUUACGCGACUAUGAUUAAUGGGCUCUGUAACGUUGGAGAAACUUGGAAGGCGCUCGAGCUGCUUAAGCGGAUGCGCCGAGAUAAGAGGGUUAAACCCACUGUAGAGUGUUUUAGUCCAAUCUUGAAGGGUCUUUAUAAGAAAGGACGAAUAGACGAGGCCUUGAGCUUGUUUCGAAAUAUGAUCAACCUUGGUGUUGUGCCUAAUGUUGUUGCUUUGACUUAUAUGAUUCAUGGGUUAAGCAGGCUGGGUCGGUCUGAGGACGCCAAAAGAUUGCUGCUUGACAUGCUUGAUAGUGGUGUCCCGCCUAAUUGUGGUCGAUGGAAAGAAGCGAUACAAUUCUUAGAAAACAUGACUAGUUAUGGAAUCUCUCCAAAUAUUGCUACAUUCAAUUGUAUCUUGGAUGCUCAGUGCAAGGAAGGGAGAACCACAGAGGCACUUUAUCUCGCGGAAGUGAUGAUAGAGAAAGGUUUAUUUCUUGCUGCCAUCGCCAACAACUCUUUGCAUGAUGGAUUGUACCAUUCAAGUAAAUCGGAAGAAGCUAAGAGAUUGUUUGAUAUUAUGGUGAGCAAGACAUUUUUUCCUAAUAUUGUAACUCUGAACAUAGUUAUGAAUGCUCUGUGCAAUGAAGGUUUGAUGGACAAAGCUCAAAAAUUGUUUGAGUCGAUGAUUGAACAUGGUAAAGAGGUUAAUACAAUAACUCACAACACCUUGAUUAAGGGAUACUGUCGUCAAGGUGAAGUGGAUAAAGGAAAAGACAUCUUUGAUCAGAUGGUAGUAACGGGUGUCCUUCCUAAUACCAUUUCAUAUAACACCUUAGCUAAUGGUUAUGUAAAGGUCAAAAGAAUAGAUGCAGCGAUCAUGCUUCUCAAGGACAUGAUCCGGAAAGGAUUACUCCCUAAUGAUGUAACACUUGAUGUUUUGAAAAGUAUUCAUGCUUAUAGGCUUGAGGCGUCCUUACAAUAAUUCUCAAUGAGGUAUUUUCAAAGAUGCACUCUCUGGAGGAAAAAAAAAAAAAAAAAACAGAGCACACUGUUGGGGACU